GUGACCACCACGAAGACAGGUCACAAACUGCUGCCCGCGUACAUCCGCGUGAUUCAGGGUGAUGGCGUCGACUACGAGUCGAUCCCGAAGAUCCUGAAGUCGCUGAAGAAUGCUGGCUUUGCUGCAGACAACAUGGUCUUCGGAAGUGGCGGUGCGCUGCUGCAGAAGUUGAACCGAGACACCUUCAAAUGCGCAUUCAAGUGCUCCGAGAUCACGGUGAGCGGGGAGAAGAGGGAGGUAUUCAAGGAUCCGAUCACCGACAAGGGCAAGGCUUCGAAGAAGGGCCGACUCACCGUGCAGUUGGCCUCCGAGACUACAGGCUUCAAGGAUGCCGACAAGUACAAGCCACGCCAGGGAGACAAGGGAGUGGCAGGCGGCACCGGCUUCCUUCACUACAGCACGGACGGAAAGAUCGUCACUGUAGCCAGCGGCAUGGGAGAUGCUUCGAAGGACUUGAUGGUGGAGGUUUUCCGCGAUGGCCGCUUGCUGAAGGACUACUCCCUAGAAGAGAUCCGCAAGCGUGCUGACAUUCCACAGGGUCCUUUCGCAGACCCACCAAAGGAG